GCGCCUACGGAGCGGGUGUAUGGCGGAGCGGCAACAUGGCGCGCGGGGGGCGCAGCAACGCUCGCACCGCACGCAGCAACGACGUUACCGACGCGGCGUACUGGCUGAGCGAGCCAGCGAUGGAUGACAACUCCGGCUCGGAGCAAGACGUUGAGGGUACAAACGAGGAACCGAUGUAUCAAAUGUCACUAACCAACUAUAAACCGACAUGACAACCUAUUCGAUGGCACGUUGGGCAAAUAUACCGGUGAAGAAGUCAAGUUAUGCGUGCGGGAUGGGACCGAGCCAGUAUUUUGUCGAGCGCGCCCCGUGCCUUAUGCAUUGCUGGCGCGGGUCAAUGCUGAGUUAGACGCGAUGCUGCGCGCCGGCGUCAUCGAGCCCGUUGAACGGUCCGACUGGGCCACACCGCUAGUUAUAGCGAGGAAGGGAGACGGUGGAAUACGCUUAUGCGCGGAUUAUAAGGUGACACUUAACAAGGCUUUACUGGUUGACAGGUACCCGGUCCCGAAGGUAGAGGACUUAUUUAGUAAUUUGAGUGGCAAUCAUUAUUUUACUAAGCUAGAUUUGUCACAGGCUUACAAUCAAUUAAUUUUGGAUGAAACUUCUCGGAACUACACAGUAAUUAAUACACACAGAGGACUUUUUAAAUACAAUCGCCUCGUUUAUGGUCUCUCUUCCAGUCCGGGCAUUUUUCAAAAGUUCAUGAUGAAUCUCUUUAAAAACGUGCAGGACGUAGUCAUAUUCUAUGAUGAUAUUUUAAUAAAGAAUAAGUCAUUAGAAUCUCAUUUAGAAAGAGUUGAACAGGUUUUUAGUAUUUUAGAGAGGAAUGGGUUGAAAAUAAAAAAAGAAAAGUGUGAGUUUAUGGUAGGCCAAGUAAAAUAUUUAGGAUUCAUAAUUGAUAAACAUGGCGUACGGGUAGAUGCAAAUAAAAUAAAACCGAUCCUAUCUAUGCCCGACCCAACUAACGUCUCAGAGUUGAAGUCUUUUCUCGGUAUGGUUAAUUUCUAUGGAAAAUUCAUUAAGAAUUUGAGUACUCAUAUUACACCACUUUACGAAUUACUUAAGAAAGGUAAACAUUGGCAAUGGACUAAAACACAUAGAUAUGUGUUCAAUAAAAUUAAACAACUUCUAUGUAGUACUGAAGUAUUGACACACUUUGACAUAUCGCUGGAGAGCAUAGUAACAUGCGACGCGAGCGCACGCGGGCUGGGGGCCGUGCUGGCACAGCGCGCGUCUGACGGCAGCGAGCGGGUUGUGGCGUACGCAUCGCGGGCGCUCACUGCCGCGGAGUUACACUACAGCCAGAUACAUAAAGAAGCCUUGGCUAUAAUUUUCGCGGUAGACAAGUUUCAUCAGUAUCUUUAUGGCAGAAAGUUUACACUACGUACAGAUCAUAAACCGCUGGUCACAAUUUUUGGGCCCCAUGCAGGAAUACCGAACACGGCGGCGAGUCGUUUACAGCGGUGGGCCAUUAAACUAUCAGCUUACGAUUUUAAUAUAGAGUACAUUCGAUCAGAUAAAAACACGGCAGAUAUUUUGUCUAGGUUAAUUAGCACUCAUAAAGAAGGGGUUAUUAGUGAAGAAUUAGACACACCUGAACAAACGUAUUUACACUUUGCCGCGGAAGCAUUGUUAUUAGAUUAUCAAACGUUAAAAAAAGAAACCGUUUCGGAUAGUGUAUUGAGCAGAGUAGCCAGAUAUAUAAACGAUGGCUGGCCGGUCGAGGUCGAAAUGAAAGAAUUAAAACCAUAUUUUAACCGUAGAAAGGAAUUAUAUAUUGAGCUAGGGUGUGUAAUGUGGGGACAUAGGCUAGUAAUUCCUAGUACGUGUAGGAAUAAAGUGAUCGCUGAGCUUCAUGAGAGUCACAUGGGCAUAGUCAAAACUAAAUCGUUAGCGCGAAGUUACGUAUGGUGGCCGGGAAUAGACGAGGCACUAGAGACAGCAUGUUGCAGCUGCACCGUGUGCGCUGAAGUGGCGGACGCACCACCUGCGCAUGCGCCCCGCGCCUGGCCGUGGCCAGAUCGACCGUGGACCAGGAUACACGUAGACUUCUUAGGACCGGUAGCCGGUCUUACUUAUCUAGUGGUAGUCGAUGCACAUUCAAAGUGGAUUGAAGCUAUUAGAAUGCUGAGCACCACAUCGCAAGCGGUAAUAAAAGAAUUACGAGAGAUGUGGGCGAGAUUUGGGUUACCUAAACAAUUGGUUAGUGAUAAUGGCCCUCCGUUUUUCAGUGGAGAAUUUCAGCAAUUCUUAAAUAAUAAUGGUAUAGAACAUAUAUUUUCGGCACCUUAUCACCCAGCUUCUAAUGGGGCAGCGGAAAACGCUGUUAAAAUUUGUAAAAAGAGCAUUAAAAAGGCGAUUAAAUCGAAAUCCGACGUACACUCCACAUUGUGUCGUUUUCUGCUGGCGUACAGAAACACACCACACUAUACAACCGGGGAAAGCCCCGCCAAGAUGUUAUUAGGGCGCAACUUGCGCAUGCGGUUAGAUUGUUUGAAACCAGACCAGAAGGCACUUAUUAGAGCUCGCCAAGAGACAGUAGAAGCUACAUCGAGUGGCGUCACAAGACAGUUUAAUCCGGGGGACCUUGUAUGGUUCAGAGAAUACCGUAGCUCAAACAAGUGGUCUGCAGGGACUGUUAUAGAGAAAACAGGUAGUACAGAUUAUAAUGUUAAAUCUAUCCACGGCACUGAGGUGCAUAGACACAUUGACCAACUAAAACCAAGAGUGAUAAAUAGGACAGCUAGGCUAGUAGAUGCAAACUUUAGGAACUUUCAACCAGUUCAGCCUGUUAAGAGCUCUCGCUCUUCUCUCGUGUUUCCUUCGGACAAUAAUCGAGCGCCGAACACAGAACCGGACCGGACAAACGGAACCAGCUUGACGAAAGCAUUGGUCGAGGAAACAUCCCGCACGCAAACAGACGGAAGUGAUUUGGUUACAAGUGAACCCUUGUCAACGUCAAGUGUACCUUUAAAUAUGCCCAAGGUGCAGGAGACGGGUAGUCCUAGGGUUCCUAUUACUCGGGAUAUACGAACUAGUAAUCGUACACGCAAACCGGUUAAGAGAUAUGGGUUUGAUGAUGAUUGAAGUAAGAAAAUAUAUUAUAAGAUUGUUAAGAUUAUUAUUGAUAUGUUGUUUAAUAUAAUUUAGUAAGUAAGUU